GUAUCAUAGCUUCAAAAUACGAUAUUUAUAAAUUGUUGUUUCCAUUUUUCAUAUAUACAUAUAUUAUUUAAAAAAAUAUUCAUUUAGUUUCAUUAGUGAUUUAACAUGUCGACUAUGUCAAGGAAAAGGAAAACCCCAUCGAAAUUAAAGAGCAUUGGUAAUCACGACGAAUUUUUAAAUCGUAUAUCGAAAUCUCUUUACUAUUCGAAAUUACCAGUAACUGAUUGCCUCAGUUUACCUGUAACCGAAUUGGCAGCAGAGUUAUUUACUGAAGUGAAAGGUGGUUAUACACUUGAAAGAUUAGAUGUGGAAGAGGCUAGCAGAAUAUCUAGAAAUGCAUGUGUUUCGCCAUGUUCCCUUGUUUUAGCAUUACUGUAUUUGGAAAGAUUGAAAGAUUGUAAUCCAGAAUAUCUUCAACAAGUGGCACCUUCUGAGCUCUUCCUUGUUUCCUUGAUGGUGGCUAGUAAAUUUUUAAACGACGAAGGAGAAGAUGAUGAAGUUUUCAAUGCUGAGUGGGCACUAUCAGGUGAUCUGACUAUAUUACAAAUAAAUCAGUUAGAGAAAGACUUUCUCAAAGCUAUUGAUUGGACUGUAUUUGUUCAUAAUCAAGAAUUUUGGGAAAGACUACAGAAAUUGGAGAAAGAUGUAGCUUACAGAGAAGCACAGAAAAGAGGCUGGUUUUCAUAUACAGAAUUAACUUGUCUAAUGAAUUCAAUGCAAUUAAUAGCAGUAGCACAAGCUGUAGUAAAUAUGUCAACCAUUUGUUUGGCAACAUAUACUGCAGGAGUAAUUACUCUUUUAGGCUCUGCCUUAGUUGCGAGCUACCUUCCAGGGACAGUACUUAGUCCAAGACAAAUAAAUAAUUCUACAGAUAUGAAAACAGAUUGUAAUCCAGUAAUGGAUAUAACCUCAUUGCCAAUUGAAAUUGAAAGUAUUUCAUCAGAAGAUAUUUUAAUUGAUGAUUUUAUAUAUACAUCCUUAAGUUGCAAUCAAUCUCAAGAAAAUUGUGAAUAUAUUAGAAUAAACGAGGCUACUGAUGCAAAUUGGAAAUGGUGGUUAAAUUCUAUGAUGAUAUGGCUACCGGAAUAUUCAGGUCUAGAGUCGACAAAAACAUUGCGUACAGCAAACGAUAAAACCGAAUAUGCAGACACGUCAAUGACAACAAAAUUUUUAUUCGACAUUACUAUGUCAGACGAACCUUUUAUAAAAUUUUGGAAACAAAUAUUGGGGAUUGAUUUAGAAAUUCUUCUGCACGACUGGAGAUAUUACGCGAACUGUGUUACAAAAUUGACACUCGAUCAUCAGCACUGAACAUCACAUAUCAAAAUAUUAAAAUUUAACAGGAUAUAUUGUCUAUAUUAGAAGAGUUUCCAAAAAAGGUAUAUAUAUAUUUUUUUUACUAACCUGUAACUGGCAAAAAAAAUUUCUUUACUAACAAAUCAUUUUUUCAAUAAAGAAUAUGAAAUAUG